AAUAAAAAGAAGACACAGCUGCUGGUAAUUCAUUCAUUUCAGAGGCAACAAUGGAAGGAGCUCAACAAGGAAAACAAGCAGAGAAAAGCACAAAAGAAGCUGAAGAUGUGAAACUCCCAACAGAAACCAGCCCUUAUGUUCAGCAUGACAACAUAGAAGAGUACAAGUCCCAAGCAUAUGGUGUCCAAGGCCACAAAACCCCUGUAGACCGGCCACACCACGGCGGCGGCACUGAUGCUCCUACACUCUCCGGCAGUGGCCUUACCCAGGCUCAGACUAAUGUUGUGGAUGCCAUCAAUCGCCAGGGUGUUCCUUAAUCAUCUCCGUUAGAAAUAAACGGAUCUCUUUAUGUU